AUGAUAAAUUAGUAGAAUGUGAAUCUAUAAAGCAAUGUUAAGGUUCAAUCCAUAUUAGGUUUCAUACCAGCCUUGGUGUUUUAACACAUUCUUGAAAAUCAAAUAAAGGGGAUAAAAGCCUAGGUUCCAGAGAUUCAGUCAUUUAAGAGUGUAAUAAUGUUUGCUGAUAUAUGUGGAUUCACUAACUUAACAGAACAACUUUCUAAAAUAGGUCCAGAAGGAUCAGAAGUGAUAGCAUUCGCAAUCAAUAGAUAUAUGGAAUUGUUGAUAAAAUCAAUAUCAAAGAGUGGAGGAGACAUAUUCAAAUUUGCAGGAGAUGCUAUUAUAGUUGUAUGGCCGCCUCCGACAAGUUACAAUGAUAAAGAUGAAUAGCUCAAAACCUUACUACGUUAAGGAAUAUAAAGUGCCUUAGAUAUUUAAGCAAAAUUGAAUGAUACUUUCAUUUUGGAGAAUAUAAAACUAUCUGUUAAAAUAGGAUUUGGAGUUGGAGAUAUCAACAUUUUAUAUGUCGGAGGAGUGUUCAAUAGAAAUGAAUUCCUAGCAACAGGUUAGGCUCUGAUUUAGGCUUUCGAGAGUGAAGCACUGUGCCACAAAAGGAGGCUAAGUUAUAAUAUCUAAGGAUGUAUUUGA